GUUGCUUUCACGUUUUCAAUGGUGGCGCGUAGUGUUUAUCUUAUAAGGCUGUGUGUGUGUUAUUAGCAAUCAGCUGAUAUUUUUUGUCGUGAAGAAUUUGGCAUUUUUCCUCGAUGUUAUGUGAAUCAAAUUUAUAUUUCUUGAAGAGUCUGAGUAUUUUUAUGAUGGCGCAAAAUCAAUUGGGAUUUAAAGGACGCAAGAAUUUUUAGGUUUACCUGUCCUCUCACAUUAUUUAUCGCAAAGUAAUAAUAGACAAGAUGACGUCAAUGUUUGACCAGUACGAGCAAGCUUCUCAACGUUCUAAGCAAAUGCUAGCACCACCAAUUCGUCCGGAUAUUAGCACAGCUGGUUUUAUACAAAUGAAGUUACAAGAUGAUGGACCGAUAUUCACAAAGCAGAAAGUUAACUUUCUGCCUUCGGACAAAAUUCUUCAUUUAGUUGUUAGCAGUAACACAAUCGUGAUAGCUAUGGCUAACAACAUUUUGUUACGCAUUGACAUGAAACAACCUGACAAAACUGAAGAAAUCGACAUGUCCAAGUAUGCACUGAGCAUGAAAAUGUCUGGCUUGUUUUUGGAUCCAUUAGGUCAUCACUUGCUGCUAACUCUGGUGUCGAGGCAUGGGGACAAUCCGCCUUCAGAAUUAUUCUACUUGCAUAGGAAGACAACAAAGCUUAAACAGGCUGGCAAGUUUAAGGGUCACGAGAUCACUGCAGUGGGUUGGAAUUUUUCUAAUACUUCGGAAACGAGCUCUGGUCCCAUUCUACUGGGUACUUCCAAGGGCCUGAUUUUUGAAACGGAGAUCGGCUUGGAUACUGACAAGAUUUUUAACACGAGUCUGGAGCAAUAUUGGCGUCAGCUUCCGAAUUAUUUGCCUCUUUAUGGUUCAAAAGAGGCGGGAGGAGUGGUAUUUGACAUAGGAAAGAACAGCAAGCCUCCAAUUACUGGAAUAGAAUUCCACAAAAUUCCUAAUUCAGAUAAAUACGUAAUCAUCGUAACCACUCUUAUGCGCAUUUAUCAAUAUAUCGGUGCCAUUGGUAAUCCCGAAGAGAAGCCUCUUCUACAACAAGUGUUCUAUAGAUAUCUAAAUGCACAAGAGACUUUUAACGAAGUAAUAAAUUCUUUGCCAUAUUCGAAGAUGCAAUUUUAUUAUCCAUCCUUGGGUAUCUUGCCGAAGUCAUUUGGAUGGUUGACGGAAGCUGGUAUCCUAUAUGCUCAGGUGGACGCGAAGACGGACACGAACUACGUGCUGAUCAAUCAACGGAUGUUGACAUGCCCGGAAACGAGUCUCAUGGGCAGUAACGUUCCACAAACCACUUCGACGCCGUUGUCCUUCGUGUUGACGGAAUUCCAUGCGCUGUUGUUAUAUCCAGAUCACGUAAAGGGCAUAUCGCUUCUAAAUCAGGAAUUGAUAUUCGAAGACGUUUAUAACGAUGCAGUCGGUAAAUUAAUCGGCAUCACCAAGGAUCCGGCAACGAGGUCGAUUUGGGCUUACAGCGAGCGAGCUGUUUUCAAAUACAAAGUAACGAAAGAAGAUAGGAACGUUUGGCAGGUAUAUGUCGAUAAGGGUGAGUUUGAACUGGCUAAGCAAUAUUGUAAAGACAACCCGGCGCACAUCGACCAAAUACUCGUAAAACAGGCAGAAAUGCUUUUCAAGAAUAAAGAAUACGAGAAGAGCGCUUUAAUAUACGCUGACACUCACUCGUCUUUCGAGGAGGUCUCAUUGAAAUUUUUGCAAGAGUGGCAAAUUGAAGCUCUAAAAACAUUCCUGCGCAAGAAACUUGAUGGCUUGAAGACGCAAGACAAGACGCAGAUAACGAUGAUUGUCAUUUGGGUAACAGAGCUUUUUAUGAAUCAAAUGGGAGCUCUGCGUAGCAGCAACACGUCUUACCUUCACGAUUCGCAGUAUACAGAAUUGCAGAAGCAGUUUGACAGCUUUUUCACCAUUCCCAAAGUCGAGGAAUGUAUCAGAAGAAAUCGCAGCACAAUAUACGACUUGAUGGCAAGUCACGGUGACAAAGAUAAUCUGAUACGUCUGACAAUAAUGCACUGCAAUUAUGAAGAGGUGAUUCGUCAACAUCUGUAUAAGAAUAACUACUUGGAGGCGCUUGGGGUACUUAAGAGUCAAAACAAUAAGGACCUCUUCUAUCAGUUCGCCGGGAUACUGUUGCAGGAGUUGCCGCGGCCCACGGUGGCUGUCUUGAUUUCGCAAGGAUCAUCGCUGAAACCGGCAAAGCUUCUGCCAGCUUUAGUCUCGUGUAAUAGUGAUGAAAAGCAUGCAAAAGAAAUUAUUAAAUACUUGGAAUUCUGUGUAUACAAGCAGGGUUCGCAGGAGCAAGCAAUUCACAACUUUCUUUUGUCCUUGUACGCGCGCUACAAGCAGGACGAAGUAAUGCGAUACAUAAGCUCUCAAGGUCAGGAUAUCAGCAUGGUACAUUACGACGUGCAUUACGCACUGCGAUUGUGUCAGGAGGUAGGCUUGACGGAAGCUUGUGUGCAACUGUCCGCUUUGCUCGGUCUAUGGACCACCGCUGUGGAUCUCGCGCUUACGAUCAGUGUAGAUCUUGCUAAGCAGAUCGCCGCUAUGCCGUCCGAUCAUGACGACGAGUUGAGAAAGAAACUAUGGUUGAAGAUAGCGGAGCAUGUAGUGCGAGAAAAAGAUGACAUACAGCAAGCAAUGGAAUUUUUGCAACACUGCGAUUUAGUUAGGAUAGAAGAUAUUCUGCCCUUUUUCUCCGAUUUUGUCACAAUCGAUCAUUUCAAGGAAGCUAUUUGCAAUUCCCUGCAGGAAUACAAUCAGCACAUUCAAGAUCUUAAGGAGGAGAUGCAGGAAGCCACGAAAGCAGCAGAGCUAAUACGAAAGGACAUUCAAGCAUUCAGAACCAGAUGCACCUUUGUGCAUGCGCGAGACACGUGUAAUACAUGUGAGGUGCAACUGUUACUGAGACCCUUCUACGUAUUUCCCUGCGGUCAUAAGUUUCACAGUGAUUGUUUAGUGGCAGCGUUAACGCCGAUGCUAUCCAUGGAUCAGAGGACGAAACUGGCAGAUCUUCAGCGACAGCUCACGGCCAUCUCAAACCGGCCCGAAGACACCACUUCGACAACCUCUGUGUCGUUGUCAACAAGGGACCAGAUCAAGGCCGACAUCGACGAGUUGGUCGCCUCGGAGUGCCUCUACUGUGGAGAACUUAUGAUAGAAUCAAUAGACAAGCCAUUCAUUGAGGAGGAUGAUUAUGAGCGCGUGAUGAAGGAAUGGACAUGAUGAAAUUUCCUUACUGAAAAUGUGAUAGAGCGCUUAUUUUUUUCUUCUUUUUUUUAAGGAGAAAUUAAUUAUACUCGAUAUUAUACAUACAUACAUACAUACACACGA